AUGCAGUAUCGUCUCACACUCAGCGGGUUGCUGGCGGCGUCGGCCGCGGCUACGGGCGCUUCGCCCAUAGUCGAGCUUGACAAUGGCACAUUCACCGGCAUCGCGACCCAAAACGGCACGUCUGCCUUCUUGGGCAUACCCUAUGCGCUUCCUCCAGUCGGAGACCUUCGCAUGCGUCCCCCCGUCCCUAACGCACCGUAUGAGGGAUCAUACAACGCAACAGCGUUCGGAUCGCCCUGCAUCUUCCAGAACAUCACCAACGUCGACCCAGACUCCAUCGCACCCGGUGCGCAGAGUACGUGGGAUGCAAAUGUAGGCGUAGCAGCCGCGAUCCUUGUUGGAGAUCACGAAGACUGCUUGACUAUAAACGUCUGGGCGCCCGAAAAUGCUACAGCCGCCUCAAAUCUGCCCAUUUUGUUCUUCCUCUACGGAGGUGGCUUUCAGGUUGGAGGAGCCAGCGGCUACGACGGCAAUGUGGUCGUUGCUCGCUCUAUCGAGCUCGGAGAGCCUGUGGUCGCUGUCUCUGUGAACUACCGCGUCUCGGCACUCGGGUUCCCGGCAGGCAAAGAAGCGCGCGAAGCGGGAGUAGGCAAUCUUGGGCUCCGUGAUCAACGACUGGGUCUGCGCUGGGUACAGCAAUACAUCGCCGCAUUCGGCGGAGACCCUUCCAAAGUCACAAUAUGGGGUGGAAGCGCAGGCGCCAUAUCUGUAGGGAUGCAGAUGCUCACCAACAACGGUGACACUGAGGGCUUAUUUCGGGCUGCCUUCAUGUCCUCAGGCGGACCUCUUCCCACAGGCUCGGUCGAAACCAUGCAAGACCGCUGGGACUCUUUCGCCACCACAGCAGGAUGCGGCUCCUUCCUCGGCAAUGCCAGCUUGUUCGACUGUCUACGCAACGCCUCGCUGAAGGAUAUCCGUGCGGGGCAGGAUGCGAGCGGUAGCAUCUUCGGAUACUACGGACUGGAUGUUGAGUGGUGGCCGUCGGCCGACGGGGACUUCUUGGCAGCGCCUCCGCAGGAGCUCGUUAAGAAGGGCAGUGUCGCGGACAUCCCUUUCAUCACAGGUGAUUGCGACGACGAGGGCACCUUGUUCUCUCUUGGGAACAGCAACAUCAGCACCUCUGACGAGCUCAAAACGUAUCUCAGCACACUCGUUUUUCCCACGGCUGAACCAUCAUCUAUCAACAAGCUUCUCGCCGUGUACCCCGAUAACCGCGCCCUAGGCUCUCCGUUUGGCACAGGUAUCAACAACUCUAUCACGCCUGAGUUUAAGCGCAUCUCGGCUUUAAUGGGCGAUGUCGUUUUCCAAGCUCCAAGGCGCCUACUUCUGCAGCAUCGUGCUGGAACGCAACACGCAUACUCCUACUUGUGGAAAGGAGGGAAGCAGAACCAGGUCCUUGGCGCCGCUCACACGAACGAUAUGACCUCGAUCUACGCAGGGGGCGAGCUACUGGACUACCUCAUCAACUUUGCAGUCCAUCUCACGCCCAACGGCAAGUCGAGCGAACUCCUUGAGUGGCCACGGUAUACUCUUGGGUCAAAGCAAUUGAUGACAUUCCUGGACGGCGAGGAAUCGCUUGCUGUAACGAAGGACGAUUAUCGCGAGGAAGCUAUGGACGUUGUGCUUCAGUUCAACGCCGAGAACCCCCUGUGA